AUGUCCACAACGAGCAAGCCAACAAUAGCAAUAGCUGGCCUAGCAAUCGAGACCUCAACCUUCCACCCAGGCCGCACCAAGGCAGAAGACUUCCACCCCCGCCGCGGCACAGCCGAGAUAACAGCCUACCACGCCGCGGUUUUAGGGCCCGGCACGCCCCUAAGCCAAGCCGCGAACUGGAAGGGCGCCCUGAUCGGACACGCCCUGCCCGGCGGGCAAGUGAGCCUCACAGCCUACCAGCAGCUCGAGUCCGACCUGCUCGCGCGGCUGCAGGCCAUCGUAGACGAGCACCACGCGUCAACCGGCGGGCAGCCCCUCGACGGGCUAUGGCUCGACAUCCACGGCGCGAUGUGCGUGUCCGGGCCAGUGCACGACGCCGAGGCGACACUGCUGCGGCGCAUCCGCGCCGUCGUGGGGCCCGACUGCAUCGUCAGCGCCAGCAUGGACCUGCACGGCAACGUGUCGCGCGAGCUGGCGCACCUGUGCGACCUGGUGACGUGCUACCGGACGGCGCCGCACGUGGACGUCGCGGGGACGCGGGCGCGCGCGUGCGAGAACCUGCUCGAGGUGCUGCGGCGGCGGGGCGCUGGGGACAAGGCGUUCCGGCCCCUCAAGGCGUGGGUGCCGCUGCCGAUCCUGCUGCCUGGGGAGCAGACCAGCACGCGCGACGAGCCGGCUAGGUCGAUCUAUGCUGCUGUCCCUGGCGUGGAGGCCGUGGACGGCGUGCUUGACGCCGCGGUGUGGGUGGGCUAUGCGUGGGCUGAUGAGCCGCGGAAUAGGGCUGCGGUUGUGGUUACGGGGUGGGACAAGGACGCGGUGGCAAGCGGGGCAGAGAAGCUGGCGCGGCUGUUCUGGGAUAGAAAGGAGGAGUUUCACUUUGUUGCGCCGACGGGGAGUCUGGCGGAGUGUCUAGAUACAGGCCUCACGAGGAUCAAGGACGAGACGAAGCGGCCGUUCUUCAUCAGUGAUUCCGGCGAUAAUCCCACCGCAGGCGGCAGUGGCUUUGUGACUUGGGGCCUGGCUAGGGUGCUAGAAAGGGAUGAGUUUAAGCAGCCUGACGGUCCACAGGUGAUCUAUGCCAGUGUGCCAAUCGCUGGGUGGGCAACAGAGUGUGUCCGGGCUGGAGUUGGUGCUACGAUAACAGUGACACCAGGCGCGGGGAAUGAGGGCGGCCUUGAUGCCCCACUGAUGAUGACAGGGCGGAUACACAGUAUCAAGCAAGGCGACAAGGACGCCAAAACGGAGGUUGUUCUGCAGAUUGGCAGUGUGUUUGCGAUCUUGACAGAACAAAGGAAGCCCUACCACAAGGAAAAGGACUUCACAGAUCUCGACCUAGAGCCACGCAAGGCUGAUAUUGUCCUUGUCAAGAUCGGGUAUCUUGAGCCGGAACUGUAUGAUAUGGCAAAGGACUGGAUGCUAGGUCUCACACCUGGAGGGGUGGACCAGGAUUUGAUCAGGUUGGGCCAUAAGGAGAUCAGGAGGCCGAUGUGGCCGUUCGACAAGGCUUUUGAGAAAGAGCCGGAUCUGUCGGCAAGAAUCAUUGCUAUGUCGAACGAGCCGCUGGAGGGACCGGACGAGUAG